AUGGCGCUAGUACAACGCGCCUUGCCUCUCUCAGGGGCCGCCGCCACUCCACUGCCUCGGCGCCCGCACAUGGUGCUACUCCUCCUGCUUCUGCUCGUCUUCACCACGGCGACUACAACCACCAUGGCUGACCCGCACCUGCCGCCGCCUUUACCGGAAGACUGCCAGCGCUUCGGCACCCGCUUCUGCAGCAUCUUGCGGGCAGUAUCCUCUCUGGCUUCGGGCAGAGGCCGUCGUCAGCAUGGCGACUCUGGUAACCACCAGCGUGGCGAAACUGUUGACUCGUCACGUCAGGAGGGCCCUCAACACGGGGGUGGCGAAAGCAACGAGACCAGCAUUGACGUCGGCGGUCCCGGCAGUGAUGUCAGCGGCCCCGGCGGCGACGGUCACGGCGUUCGCAGCAGCAGGCGGGCGGCAUUGUCGCUGGUUGCGCCUCUGGCGCUGUGCUCGCCGUCGACCCUCUCAGGCUACACGUCCAUGAAGCUCCACUGGAAGACCACCACCACCACCACCAUCCAGCUCGCAGUCACCGCGACAGGCGGCGCCGCCACGGGAUGGUUCGGCAUCGGCUUCGCACGGGACCUCAAGAUGUAUCCCGCAGACGCCGUCAUCGGCAACCAGGCGGGCUCGCCGGUCCCCGUGGAUACCUACAACAUCUCCAGUUACUCCGCCGUCCGGCUCACCUCGGCGUUUACCAUCGGCAGCAAGACGUUCGCCGCGUCCGGGACGACGGCCACGAUGACGUUCACGCGGACUACCGGUGAUGGGGGCGUGGCGCCCGUGCAGGUCGCGGAGUCGAACAAGAUCAUCUGGGCGUACUCCAGUAGCGGCUCCACCACCAUUGCCAAGCACAACUACGAGCCCCCACCCCCCCCUUCACCUCCCCCUCCGCCCUCGCCCCCAAAACCCCCCUCGCCUCCGCCUCCCCCUUCGCCCCCACCCCCACCCUCGCCUCCGCCUCCCCCUAGCCCUCCACCCCCGCCUUCGCCUCCCCCCCCGCCCUCGCCCCCAACCCCCCCCUCGCCUCCGCCCCCCCCUUCGCCCCCACCGCCACCCUCGCCUCCGCCUCCCCCUUCACCCCCACCCCCACCCUCGCCUCCGCCCCCCCCUAGCCCUCCACCCCCCCCUUCGCCUCCCCCCCCGCCCUCGCCCCCAAACCCCCCCCUCCCCUCCAACCCCCCCUUCGCCUCCCCCCCCCGCCCUCGCCCCCAAACCCCCCCUCGCCUCCGCCGCCGCCCUCGCCCCCACCCCCCCCCCUCGCCCCCACCCCCACCUUCUCCCUCUCCGCCUCCCUCUCCCCCUCCCUCUCCUCCCCCUCCCUCUCCCCCCACUGGCGGAUCUGUGCCAACCACGAGCGUCUCUCCCCCUCCUGACUCCUCCCCUCCCCCUCCUGAUUCCUCCCCUCCCCCUCCUGUCUCCUCCCCUCCCCCUCCUGACUCCUCCCCUCCCCCUCCUGUCUCUUCCCCUCCCCCUCCUGUCUCCUCCCCUCCCCCUCCUGUCUCCUCCCCUCCCCCUCCUGUCUCCUCCCCUCCCCCUCCUGUCUCCUCCCCUCCCCCUCCUGUCUCCUCCCCUCCCCCUCCUGUCUCCUCCCCUCCCCCUCCUGACUCCUCCCCCCCCCCUCCUGUCUCUUCCCCUCCCCCUCCUGUCUCCUCCCCUCCACCUCCUGACUCCUCCCCUCCCCCUCCUGUCUCCUCCCCUCCCCCUCCCACCAUCGCCUCUCCCCCUCCUCCCAUUCUUCCCAACGGCGGUAACGUUGACUUGUCUCCUCCCCCCGCCACCGCCUCUCCCCCUCCUUCCCCUUCGCCUCCGGCCCCCUCUCCAUUCGCCACGGGUAAAGCCUGCCCCGUAUCCACCCUGCCUGGAUACUCCUAUCAGCUUGCCCUGCUCCCGCCCAACCUCAUCCUGCACUGGAACCCCGUAUCGUCCAAGCAAGUGGACAUGGCAAUAGAAGCCAAGGCGCCAGGCAAGGCCAGGACGGGAUGGAUAUCCGUGGGGUGGUCUUCCAAGGGAGCUAUGGUACCUGCAGAUGCUGUGGUUGGGAACCUGCCUGGUGGCCGUGUUGUGCCGUAUGCCAUCAAGGGGUAUCGCACGGCCAAGCUGCUGCCCACUACAGCGUUCAGUGUUUACAAUGCGUCCACCACCAUGAGUGCUGAUACUUCAACUAUUAUCAGGUUCUCCCGUGUGAAAGGCACGGGUGUGUCUGCCAAGUUUAACCCAACAGGCGUAUCAAAGCUUAUCUGGGCCUUCUCCUGCACUGGCAACAAACGCCUCAGCUUCCACGACAACAACUUUGGAACUGCAAAGGUGGACUUCUCCUGCCGCACUGCACCGUCCAGUCAGCCUUCCCUGGACUACCAGGAGGAAGAGGACUACUAG